AUUGCACAUUAGGUGAAAGUUAGUGUCUUUACCAUUUACCUCCAAUAAAUUAUGAACUAGGGUUUUUUCACAUUUUCCCUCACCCAAAUUUGCCUCAGCCUCCAUUUCCAAAAAACCAAAAAGAUCAAAAUUUAGCUGAAUUCACCAUGUAUCCCUUCAAACCCAGCUUCCUUAACACCCUCAGAUCCCUGAAAAACCUCAAGAGAGUCGAGCCGCGGCGAUUCAGCCCGUCGACAAACUGGGACAUCGCCGUUCCGGGGACUCACACUCACGGCCUCGAAAGGCACCGAGAAGUAGAAUAUCGAAAAACCCUUGAUGGAAUCACUCACUUAUCGAUCCCUUCUCUCAACAAGAUCGCCACUUUGGAGGAAGAGGUCUUGCCCCUGGUACUCUCCCAUGCUAUAAACUAUAUUGCAUUUGCUGGUAAAGAAACAGGGGAACUCCAAAUUUCUCUACCUUUCCUAACCAAGGACAAGGUUGUGAAGGAUGCGAUGCUUUAUGUAAAGAUUGUAGAUCCUUGCAAUCCGCCAUCGUAUGCGGUUGAUGAUCCGAUUUUUGAAGUGACCCAGUUGGCUGAAACAAUGGGGUGCAUUCUUGGGAAGUUGUUAUCUGACGAGACCGUUGUAGAGUUUGCCACGAAUGAGACGCUGCUGGUGCUGACAUCAAAGAAGGAACAAGAGAAGGUAAUUAGCAGAGCCCUGGAGAAGAAGGUCAGGCGAUUUUGCCACCGCGAAUUAAUGCGGAAGAAGUACUGGGAAGGCAUGAUGGAGCAGGGACCUUUUAGGAGUAAUUAAAUUAUUGUUUAAUGUUUAUGUAAGUUUCCUUGAUAUUUAUCAGUUCUACUUUGAUGCUUGAAUUGCUUCAAUUUCUUACUUAAUUAGCUGGAGAUGUUGGAAGGCUUAGUAGAAUGGAGAACAGUUUGACAAUGGAUUUCAGAAAACAGGAGCAGAGUAGAAGGUUGCAGAACUUAGAAAAAUUUUCUAGAGAACAGAGGAAAAUCAUUUAUAUUUCUCCGUACCCAAGAAGGGAUAAUCUAAUCUUCAUUAUGAGAUUAUCUUGUAAAUUGUUAUUUGCUGAAUUCACAGAAUCACAAUU